CAUAUCAACACUUCCUACACAAUUCAGAGGUUCUUCCCAAGUCCGAAGCAGCAGCAGCUUUCCCUGCUUUCUUAAAACUGAAAAACAGAGGAGCCUCUGUCUGUCCUCUGUCUAUAUCUCAAGUUUCAACAAAACAACACCACCAAGAAGCAAAAGAUGGAAAUUAAGGUUUCGAUGAACAGGCAGAAAUCCAGAUCAAAGGCCCUGAAGAUUGCAGUAGGGCUCCCUGGUGUGGAGUCGGUAGCUUUUGAAAGGCGUCGACAAGACUCAGACUAAGGUGAGGGCAGAUGGAGUUGACGCAGCUCAGCUAACGAUGUUGCUGAGAAAGAAAUUGGGAUUUGCAGAGCUAGUGAGCGUGACGGUUGAGGGAGGAGAAAAGAAAGAAGAAAAGAAAGAUAAGUAGAAGAAAGAAAAAACGACGGUACUGCCUGUGGUUGGGUCGUAUACAACAACACAUUAUUGUUUCUGUGAGGCACUACCGGGAGCCAGUAUCGUGACCCCUGCUCCAUCAUGUGAAGGAAAGAUUUUUGGUGGCAAAGGAGAAAAAUAGAUUCAAAAUUUAAGC